GAGUUUGAGAGCUUUGUCACAAUAGGGAGAAUGAGCGCAGGCACACUGUAUUAAAGGGUACGACGAAUCGCACACAAUUUAUCCCAAACUUGUUGUUCCCGCCGAUACAAUAUAUAUUCACCGGCACCACCGGUCUAUCUCUUUCUCACGACACACAUUUGUUCCACUCGAACCCCAAAACGACGAACACAAAAAUCAUUUAAAAUACUCUCGAACCCCUUAUAUGUUCCUCUCAAAAUCCUAUCUUUUGCUCAAAAAUUAGGGUUUCAAAGGGGGUAAUAGAAUGUACAGGGAGAGAACUGGAGGAGGAUCCAAGGCCAAAAUGGAGCGAUCUUCAACGGUCACAAGUUCCAGAGGAGGUGGAGGAUCGAAUUUGAAUGGAAAAGAUGCUAAUAAAGAUCGUUCUUCGCCAGGAAACUCCAAACUUUCUUCUUUUUCUAGGUCUUCUUACCCCAAUAAGAAACUCUCCAAAGGAGAGGAAAAUGUAGUAGAGGAAUCUGAAACAGAUAGCGAGGAAUCUGAUGUUAGUGGCUCUGAUGGGGAGGACACAUCUUGGAUAUCAUGGUUUUGCAGCCUGCGUGGAAAUGAGUUUUUCUGUGAAGUUGAUGAAAAUUACAUCCAAGAUGAUUUUAAUCUAUGUGGUUUGAGCAGCCAAGUUCCCUAUUAUGAUUAUGCUCUUGAUUUGAUCCUGGACGUUGAAUCCUCUCAUGGUGAUAUGUUUUCAGAAGAACAAAACGAAAUCAUUGAAUCAGCAGCAGAGAUGCUUUAUGGUCUUAUUCAUGUACGAUAUAUCUUAACGACCAAAGGAUUGGGUGCCAUGCUCGAGAAGUACAAGAAUGCAGAAUUUGGCAGGUGCCCACGAGUGUACUGCUGUGGUCAACCCUGCCUUCCUGUUGGUCAAUCAGACGUUUCUCGACAAAGCAAUGUAAAAAUUUUCUGUCCGAAAUGUGAAGAUCUCUACACCCCUCAAUCCAGGUUUCAAGAUAACCUGGAUGGAGCCUAUUUCGGGUCAACAUUUCCUCACCUGUUCUUGAUGACGUACGGACACCUAAAGCCACAAAAGACAUCACAGGAGUACGUUCCUCGAGUCUUCGGCUUCAAGGUCCACAAGCCAUGAUGACAUCGACCAUGGAUGAAUACGCGAUGUGCUUUCGAGUCGCUUUGGCCAGACCCAUGUUAGUAUUCUCGUUCUUUCUCAAGAUAUAACGACGAUUAAUCAACAACUUACGGCUUAACUUCAAAAGCCACCCUCAUAAGAAAUCACAUCACAACCUUAAGAUCCUAUUUCAUAUAUGAUAUAUUAUGUUAAAAACACCACCAAAAUUGGAAGGAAAAGAAAAAAGAAAUGUGUGCCAGGAGUGAUCUGCUUCUUGUCUUUAUGAUCAUCUUAUUUGUAUGAGUACUGAUUUUGUCAGUUAGGAAGGUUUUUUCCCCCCCUCUGAAAUGCAUUCAAAACUUUGACUUCUUAAAUAUGUAUUAUUUGUAGUUCAUGUUUGAUGAUACAGAUAGUCAUUUACCCCUGUAACUCUUUAUUUUUACUU